AUGGUUCUUAGCUCUAUCGCAACACUAUGUUUUCAUGUGCCAGUUUGUUGGUUAUUUGUGUUCAAGUUGAGUUUUGGAAGUGGUGGAGCUUCAUUUGCUAUUGGUUUGUCAUAUUGGUUCAAUGUGUUGCUUCUUGGAUUGUAUGUGAAAUACUCUUCGUCAUGUGAAAAGACUAGACUUUGUUUCUAUAGAGAAGAAGUUUUUGCUAGCAUAAAGGAAUUGUUUCCUUUGGCUACUCCUUCUGCUUGCAUGGUUUGUCUUGAAUGGUGGACAUUUGAGAUAGUCAUACUUCUAGCUGGUGUCUUGCCAAAGCCCCAGCUUGAGACUUCUCCUAACUGUUGCUUCCUCUCAUUACUUCUUACCAUUUCCCUUGGUGCUGGAGCAAGUACUAGAGUAUCUAAUGAACUAGGAGCAGGGGACUAUGAGGCAGCUAAAAUGGCAAUUAGGGCAGCACUUACAAUUUCAAUGGCAGACGCAGUCAUUUCCAGUACUGCGCUGUUUCGUUGCCGUCAUGUAGUAGGAUAUGCAUUCAGUAACGAGAAGGAAGUUGUGGAUUAUCUCAAUGAUAUGACUCCUUUUCUUUGCCUUCUGAUUGUGUCUGACUGCAUCCAGGCUGUGCUUUCUGGUAAUUUGUUCUCUUUCUUCUCACCUCUAAUGUUAUGCGUCUCAUAUUAG